AUGCCACCACCACCAAGCAGCACACCCCGCCUGCCCUAUCCUGCUCUCGCCUCCGCACCCGCACUUUCGUCAUUAGCUCCCGCUCCCGCUCUCGCUUCUACACAGCCCCAGAUCCCUGAUCCCGAUCCCGCUGGCUGGUCCACUGAGGCUAAGCUCGCGCUCGCCGCGCUGGUUGUCAGCGUCCUUCUCGCUGCUGUACCGUUGGUCGCGCCUUGCGUCGUGCCGGUGCGCUGGCGGGUUUGGGGACUGUAUGAAGACGAACUCUCAGACGGUAAUUAUCACAAUUACGACAACAACGACUGUGUUGCCGACCUCGAGGCUGCUAAAUACCAUACCGACGCUGAUUCCUCAAACGGUGAUGUUGUUGCGCUGCGCAUUCUGAGGGCAUCAUCGCAUGUUGAAGUGGUUGAGUGGACGGCACGCUCGAGUGCUGUGCGGAGCGGCAAGAGUGUCAGCGGAGGCGGGGUGCAGCGGAGGGGCAGGGCAGAGCGCGACCCAUCUGAUCCCUCCUCCUCCUCUUCAACUACCGACCUCGAAGCCUGCGACCUCUCAGACGACGCCACCGACCACGCCCCCGAAACAAUCGCUCUGCACGUCCUCCUCUUAGAAUACGAAUCGCCGCUCGAGGCCUCCCGCACCGAAACCUUCGAGUGGGGCGCGCUGUCAGCGCUGCGGGCGCGACGGCCGCGCGAGGUCCUCGCGUGUGGAUAA